ACGGCAAAAUAACUCCGAUCGGAACUGCACUAAAAGGAAUAUCAUUUCUAACAUUUACUGCAAUGUGCUAGUAAAACGAAGCCGAAGAAAUUGAAGAAAUUCCACGUGUAAACAUCCAAAGCAGAAAAUACAAAAGCCCACAGCAAAUAUUCCAAUUAAAACGGGAAAAAUGUACAGUGUGUGACAAAAUUAAAGUGCAGCAGCAACUAAAUAAUAAUUAUAAAUAAUAUAAAUCGAUAAAAAACUAAAUUCUAAGUCCUUAACGUAAAUAAAAUACAACAAUUUGUGGCGAAAUUCCGAAAAAAUCAGUGCAACAGCAACUACGCGAAUACCCUCAAUACGGAACAGCUGUGCUGUGCUCCUGUGCAUGUGUGGGCGGCGGCGAGAGCGCGCGCGUGUGUGUGUGUGUAGGGUGUGCCAAACGUAAAGCGCUAGAUGGCGCUCCAGACUAUGCCAUUCUCGUGGUCGGCCCAAGCCCUUGUCGUCGUUGUCGUUGUUGCUGUUGCUGCGCACAAAACGCGGUAUGGUCUCCCCCCACUCUAGAAAUAUACAAAAUUAAAUCAAUUUCAAUCUAUUUAAUCUAACGCCAAAAGUGGGUAAGCGUGAGAGAGAGAGAGAGAGGGAGAGAAGAAAAGCGAAACAACAAAAGUGUCGCGUUUCAAAGUCGGAUCGGUCGCGUUGCCGUCGUGUCGUGUCCGUGCGGUUCGGGUUCGGGCUCGGGUUCGGGUUCGGUUCGGGAUCAGUUGACACUCGGUUGCAACCUGAGAGCGCUAUGCAUCGUCAUCGUCGAAACACCUACGAAGCUGGCAACAAUUUGGCGGGAGAACUCUUUAAACUGACAGCAAAACAAACAAACAAUUAAAUUUUAGCACAAUUCCUAGUGCUUUUGACAACAACAAACAAACAAAAAAACAACAUAAAAACCAACAACAACCAAUAAACAUUUAUAGGGAUUAAUAUAAUCCUCAUUAAGUAUAUUAAAUAAUUCUUUCGUGGCCCCAAAUAAUCCAAGAAUCGAUAGCAAUCCUGGAUUAUUUGCUAAAGACUUUGCGGACGCUGAAAUCCAAUUCGAUUAUGGCCGAGAAUCAAAGUGCGGCCAGCGAAGAUUCCGGUCAACAUCAAAAACAACAGCAACAACAGCAACCACUCAAUCACUCAACCACAGCGGCAACAGCAGCCGCAAGCACCACAACAACAACCGCAGCAGCAGCAACACCAACAACAACAGCAGCAACAACUGCUGGCCAAUCAAUCAAUCAAUCGCCCACUAACUCCCAGGCCUCAUCACCGGAGAACUCGCAGGAAGCGCUGCCCUCAACGGCCGGGAUCCGGCGACACCACCACCAGCAGCAGCAAUCCACAGUAGCCGCAGCAGCAGCCACGACCGUCGGCAACAUGUUCGAUCGCACGGUGAAUGCAAAGUUCAAGCCGGGCACGGGCAACACGGGCUCCGGUAAUAAUCCACAUGCCGGCCGCCGCAACUCCCUGAUGUCGACCGCACGCGGUGUGACGGUGGGCGCCGGCGGUGGCAACAUCCGUAAGCUGACGAAGGUCAAUUCGCUGACCAGCAACCACCACUUCUCCGUCUGCUAUCCACCCAACAUAAACGCGCUGCCGGAGCGGUAUCAGAACAGCAACAACUCGAACAACUCGUCGGCUGCCGCGGCCGCGCUGCAGCGCACCACCAGCGAGAGUCUGCGCUUGAAUGCGCUCAAUGCGCGUGCCGGGGCAUCGUCGCGGGCCAGCAGCAACACCAGCCUGGCCUCCGCCACCACAACAUCCACGUCGGUGGCGCCCAAGACGAGCAGCAGUAGCGGCAGCAGCUCCAGCAGCAACACACAGCAGCAGCAACAGUCGCAGGCGAGCAGCAGCAGCAACAAGGCCAGUUCCCCCAACAACAAUGGGGCACGCUCAAUGGCAGCAGCAGCAUCGGCAGCAGGAACUGGAACUGGAGGGACUGGAGGUGCAGCUGCAACUGGCACAGCAGGUGGACAUCAUCAUCAUCAGCCACAUCACCACCAUCAUCACCAUCACCAGCAUUCGCACCAGCAUCAUCAGCAACCGCAACACACUAGCCACAGUCAAGGACACUCAUUAACCGUCGCCGGAGGAGGAGGAGCAGCGGGAGCAGGAGGAGGCGGCGGCGGCGGUGGUGGCGGCUCUUCGGCCCCGUCCACGGGCAUCGCUGCUGUGGUGACGACCACACGCAAACCAAAGACGACUUCCUCAUUCGAGAUCACCUCGGUGACGGUGGGACAUCCGAAGCUGAAUGCGGCCGGUGAUACCGGCGACGAGUCCGCGGACGAUCUGGACGAAUCUCACACGGAUGACAACAGUCGGAUAACGGAUCUGGAGAACGAGACGCCUUCGAUGUCGGAGGACACGUUCUCCAAGGAGGAGGUCUUCUAUGCCAACAAUGCUCUGAGCACCAACGCCCCGGUGAUACCCACCAGCUCGCAGUACGGCCUUGUCGUGGUGGAUCCCAUCGGGCCGGCCUCCCUCGGCCAGACCAUCCAGAAUGUCCAGGUGAAUGUCUCCACCGACAACAACAUCAUCAAUGUGGUCAGCCACUCGGCGGUCACGCCCGGCGGCAGCAAGAAGAAGGAGGGCGGCGACGGCAUCAAGGAGACGACACAGCAUCGCAGCGAACGCUUCAAGGUGGUCAAAAUCGAGUCCACGGAGCCCUUCAAGCGCGGCCGUUGGAUGUGCAUGGACUACCUGGAUCACUCGAGUGUGGGCAACGGUGGGGCGGGCGGUGCUGGCGGUGGCAAUAAUAAUGAAAAGACUGGCUCUUCUUCUUCCGAGGCCGUGGUGGCCGGCGGCGAUGCAGCGGGCGGUGCAGGUGCCGCACCAGCAACGGGAGCCGAUGGCUCGGCUGCCGCGCCCCAAAAGACAACACAGAGCAUGAUACUCCCGCCCACCCAUGCGCUGAUGGAGAAUCACUUGGAGGGCAAUUCGACGGACGCCAAUUGGAACUAUGCCGCGGAGCAGCAGCAAUCGCAGUCGCAGCAGCAGCCGCAACACCACCAGCAACAGCAGCAACAGUCGUCGCACCAGCAGCAGCAGCAGUCCCAGCUAAAUGCCACGCCCAGUGGGGUAAUGACAGCCCCUGCCACAGUGGUGCAUGGCAUGCACCAGCUGCUGAUGGAGGCGCAGCAGCAACAGCAGCAGCAGCAGAAACUCUUCGACAGCGUCAAUGCCAAUGCCAAUGCCAAUGCCAGUUCCCCCAAUCCUAACCCCACGGUCGAGACGCCCAUGGAUUAUGCCCAAGCGGCGGCCAUGCAGCUGCAACAGACGCUGCAACAGCUCAAGCAGCGGGAGGAGGCGAUGGAUGUGCCGCCGGGCUUUCAGAACUACCAGCAGAAUGGCGGCGAUGCUGCAGCGGCAGCAGGCAACAAUAACAACAGCAGCAGCAGCACGGCGGCCACAGUUGCAACAGCCAGCGAGCCACCACUGUCGCCUGCCCCGCAGACGCCACAGAUCACGCCCACAUUUGCGGCAGUGGCAGCCGCCGGUCAGGCGCAAGCCACGUCCCAGAUCGAUGGGAUAGCCAGCAGCCAGCAGCAGUUCCCUCAGACAGCAGCAGCAGCACCACCCCCACAGCAGCAGCAGCAGCAGCAGCAAGUCCCACCUGCAACAGUUGCAGGGGCAGGGGCAGCGGCAGCAGCAGUUGCACCAACAGCCACCAGCACCCAACAGACUUCAAACACUUCCACAACAGCGGUAGCAGCAGCUGUGACCUUGCCGCUGUUAUCACACAUGACACACAGCUAUGAGCAGCCAGCCACUGUCGGAGUGGCAGCCACCACGGUGGGAGCAGCCGCCGUUGCGGCAGCAGCAACAGCAACAGCGAUUCCCACGCUGCAGCUGCAGAGUGCACCGGCCACCAUAGUCGAUCCGCAGCAAUUGAUUGUCCAGCAGCAGCAGCAGCAGCCGGAGGAGCAGCAGCAGCAGCAACCACAACAGAUACCCCAAACAAAUAUCGCGAGUGUUAGUGCCAAUAAUAAUAAUAAUAAUAACAAUACUAAUAGUAAUAUAAAUCUAACGAAUCCAAAUGUCGUCGUUGCCGUGGAGGCCACACCAUCAUCAGCAUCGGUGGUGGUGCUGCCCUUGACGACCGAUGACCAAUCGACAACGGGAGCAGCAGCAGCAGCAGCGACAGCCACCACUGCAGCGGCAGGAGCAGCGGCAGGAGCAGGAGCAGGAGCAACAGCCACAGGAGGAGCCACCACAUCGACAUCAGCAGCCACACAGCAGCAGAUCCAACAGCUACAGCAGCAACCAAAUGCAGAAUCCGAGACUGAAAGCUUUAUACCCGCCUCGUCGAACGCCAACAGCAAUCGGAAGAGGGCCUUUAGCAAUCCCCAUAUAGGAGGACCCCACGAUGCCGCCGCCUCCGGCCAUCGACUAAAUCCGCACCUGUAUUACUAUAACAAAUCGUAUUCGGGUCGGAGUUCGUUCUGUGUGGACGAGUCGCUGUGGCCCACGAAUGCGGCGCGGGUUACGAGCGACACGAAUCUGUACACGAUGCCGAAUAAUGCCAGUGCGAGUGCCGCCGAUGAGGACUAUGAGGAGGCCAUCGAUCAGUUCUCGCCCACGAUAUACAGUCAGAGGGCGAGCCGAUCCAUACCGAUACCGAAUAGUGCCGGCAACAGUCCGCAGCACCAUCAGCCGAGGAUCGGCUCGUCGGGCGUCAACUAUAUGGCGGCGUUCAGUGCCAGUCCCUUGAUCUAUGCCCAUCCCUACUCGCCGUUCUAUGCCAGCUCGCCGGACACAACUCUAUCCUCACCCGUCCAUACACCCGGACACCCAGGCCUUCAUCCUGCUGCCGCCACUGUUGCCGCCGCCUCUGCCCAUCCAUCGCGCAGAUCCCUCAGCUAUGAUCCUGCCUUCCAGCGCUUGCAAGUUCCCCAUGCAGAGCGACGAUCCCGUUCGCCGCUGGAAUGUGCCACGGUUUUUGCCGCUGUGGCUGCAGCUGCCACGGCAUCCGCAUCCGUUUCCGGCUCCAUCUUGGGGGAUACCACAAAAUCCACUGGAGUCAACAGUGCAUCUGGAACAAGUGCAGUUGCGAUUGACAACAAAAUCGAACAGGCAAUGGAUCUGGUCAAAUCGCAUCUCAUGAUCGCCGUGCGCGAGGAGGUGGAGGUCCUAAAGGAACGCAUCUCCGAGCUAAUGGACAAGAUCAAUAAGCUGGAGCUGGAGAACAACAUCCUAAAGUCGAACAUACCGCAGGAGACGCUGCAGCAGCUGCAGAUGCAGCUGCAGAUCGCCGGCACCCAGCAGCCGGCGGCAGUGGGCGCCCCCCCGGCCACGCCGGCCAUCCAGGCCCCACCUGCAGCGACAGCGGCAGUGGCAGUGGCUGCUGGCGCUGGUCAGGCAGCAGUGGCUACAGUGGGAGCAGCUACCAGUCCCGCAACGGCAGCGGCCCCCACAACCAUUCCCAAUGGCAGCGCUGAGAAUGGCAGCAGCGUCAUUGUCGAUGCAGUGGCAGCGGUGGAGCAGCAGGUGCAGUCAGCAGCAGCAGCAGCAGCGGCAGCGGCAGCGGCGGCGGCGUCUGGACAGACAGCGCCUGUGAACACGAACGGCCCCAUGUCCUAGGCUGUGGGUGUUAGUGUUAGUUUUCUCUCCUGGAACGUAACAUGGCCGAGGCGUACACAGACCCGGCCACUGGAAUGUGGGAAGAGUAACCGUAAUGUAAGCUCAACUUUGUCUCUUUCGAAUGCCAGCGUCGCCGCAGCCUGCGGCACACGGACCGAGCAAGAGGGAGAGAGCAAAGCGAAACUCAGAGCAGGACGGCAACAAUAACAGUAACAGAAAUAGCAACAGCAAAUGCAAACCAUUUAACAGUCUGCAAAUGAAAGUAUUAGUUAACAGCGAAUGUUGUCUGGACAUGUGCUAUUGUUGCUGGCUGUUCCUGUACCGCUGUGCAGUCGCUGUUUUGUUAAUUUCUCGAUUGUGAUAUUUGUUUAACACACACACAGACACACCACCACCACCACCACCACACACAACACACACAUUUAAGCAAUUCAUACACAUACAGACCAACACACAACACACAUAGACUGCACGUUAACAAUGGCUGCGGCUGCAUGCUGUUAACGUCUGCUGUUAUGCUUAACAGAAGAAGAUGAAGAAUUACAGUUAGUUUUAAAGAGGCGCUGCUGCGCGGAAACAGACAUGAUUUUGUCCACCGUCUUUGUUUGAUUAUCUUUUAUCCUUGUUUACCGUUUGUUUCCAUGUUAUUAACGCUACAAAUAAAACGUGAAAAAACCCCAAUAUAAAAUAAAAUACCAUGUAGAUGUAUACUAUGUAAUGGCCACAAAAUAAUACUUGCAGAAAGUAGAAUUUUGGCCAAAAACAGCAGCAACAGAAAACACACACACGCAAAUCAAUAAACUGUAAAAGAGAGCGCUUGGGAAAUGCAGAAAAAGAAUAAGAAGAUGAAGAAGAAGCGGAAGAGGAUGGAAGGAUGAAGGAAGAUGGUAGAGAAGGAUAAAGAAAGGAAAUGUAAAGAAAAAUAUGUGAUAAUUUGCAUUGUGCAGUCAGAGACAUAAGAUGUAAAUUGUAAAAAAGCAAAUAACAAGAGAAGCGAGAAAGUAAAAUUCAAAUUUCCACACAAUAUUUAAAUAUGAUAAAAAAAAGCCAGCUGCUAUUUUUAUAAUUUACAUUUAAAACCUUACUUUUA